AUGGCCGGUUGCCAUCUGGACCCCACACCAUGCCCUUCCCACCCCCUCGCCUCCCUCACCCGCCACCACUCCAUCCCCUCCCCGCCGCCUCUGCCUCCAGUCUCCACCCUCGCUGAAACGGCUUUCGCCGACCCCGUCACGAGCCGGGAAGCGGUGGGAGAGGCGUAUAGGGAGGGAGGUGCAGCGGUACUCUAUGUGACGAUUACGGGGAUUUACUCGAGUACUCUGAUUGUGGGGAUUGCGUUGUUGUUGAGGGACGCGAGGUUGGGUGAUUUGCAGAGGAGUUUGCCCGAGGAGGAGCGAGAGGGUGAUAAGGGGGUGGAGACGGGGCGAGGGGGGGAAUACGGCGGAGAGAAGGAGUGA